AUGCGUAUUGAUGCAACAGGGCAGAGUAGUUGCUUACGCUUCACGUCAGUUAAAGAAGCUGAACAGAAUUAUCCCACUCACGACUUGAAAUUAGCAGCAGUGGUUUUUGCUCUCAAGAUCUGGAGGCAUUACUUGUAUAGAAAGAAGUUACAGAUCUUUACCGACCAUAAGAGUUUAAAGUACUUUUUCACUCAUAAAGAGUUGAACAUGAGGCAAAGAAGGUGGUUGGAGCUGGUGAAGGAUUAUGACUGUGAAAUUUUGUACCACCCAAGAAAGGCAAAUGUAGUGGCAGAUGCUCUAAGCAGAAGGGUGGCUCAUUCAGUAGCCCUUAUUACUAGACAUACUCAUUUGUGCAGGGAGCUAGAGAGGGCAGAGAUUGCAGUGGCAGUGGGAAAGGUCAUGACACAGUUAGCACUGUUGUCAGUGCGAUCGAGUCUAAGGCAGAAGAUUAUUGAUGCGCAGCAAGGUGACCCUCAUCUGGAGGAGAGACUUCAUAGGGUGGAGUCAAGCCAGGAUGGUGAAUUCUCAGUAUCAGUGGAAGGUGGCCUCCUUUAUCAGGGACAUUUGUACGUGCCAGCAGUUAGUGAUAUUAAAAAUAAGUUGUUGUUAGAGGCUUAUAGUUCCUUAUUUUCGAUUCACCCCGACAGCACCAAGAUGUAUGAGGACUUGAAACGUUACUACUGGUGGAUGAUAUGA